CAGAAGUUCUCGUUGGACCAUGUUUAUACACUUUUUCCACGUGUCUUGAAGGGCGAGAUUGUAAACCAAGUAAUCGCGGAGUCUAAAGUGUCUGCUUGGUCUUUUAAGAUCGAUACCUCAAUUCCAUUUGGUAUGAAUGGCUUAGUUUCUAAAUUAAUUAUGUUCACAUUUGAUAAAAUAUUAUAUUUAUUUUUUCUGAACAUAAAAUAUUAUAUUUUAUAAAUGGUCUUUUGUAUCUUUAAGUUGUGAACGCAACACAAAAGGUAUUGCAAUUUGAUUUUAUACUAAUUAAGCAUCUCAGACUUGCGUAUCAUUUACAUAUUGUGAUUAUUAUUUUAAAAGACUAACUUAUCAUCGUUGCAUUUGAUAUCUAUACAAAUGUUAAAUAUGUAUACAAAAGCAAAAUUCAAACUUAUAAUCAAAAUACAUUUAACCGUAUAAAUACUAUAUAAUAUCAUUUAACAUUAACAAAGAAAAAUUAUCAGUUAUUUUGUCAAAUUAACAUUCUAGUCACAGAACUAAAAAACUUUUUUUUUAGGUUUAGUAACUUUUUCAGAUCUACUAUUAUCACCAUCUUUAGUUUAUUUGCAGACUCACAGAUGAAUCGGCCCUUGAGUUUGUUUGGGCUUAUGAUCUUUGCAUUUUCAUGACGUCUUCGGAAAACAACUCAACCUACAACCUUUAAAACGUAAAUCCACAACCUAUAAUAUGUACAUACUCUAGAAUCUUAUAACUACAAAACGGGCAUCAGCUUUGAGCCAACAAGUAUCAGUUAACUAGGUCCACAAAACUCCUCGGUAGAGUUCCAUCAGAAUAACAAGAGUGUGUCACUAUCAUUAAGAAACUUCUACGACUCUUUAUUAAAAAAGAAGAAGAAUCUUCUAUGAGAGGACUUCGUAAGAGUGAACAUUCCAUAGUAUAUUUCACCCGUUAAUUCAAUUAUUUUACUGACACUAGUACUCAAAUUGAUUUUUGUUAACCUAUUAAGCUAUUUGUCACGUGGGUUUUCCUGAUGAUUCAUGCAUCCUUGUGAUUUAGGAUCAAAAUAUCUACAAUUAACGUUAAGUCAGUUGUAAAAAAAAAAGAAAACGACAUGUCCGAUGUAUCUAGAUGAUGGUUAAUUCAUGAUCAUAGUCACAAAGUGGAUCUACUACUACAUCUAUAGCUAAUUUUCUUUUUGUAUAUUUUUUAAAAAAUAAUACAUUAGUUAGCCUUUUUUGGCUGCUCCUAGUCGUGGAUUCGAUCCUCUAUGUGCCCGUACAUAUUUAAAACUUUAUUUUAGUCUACAAUGCAGCUGUAUGGAGCAGUUCUCUUUCUUCUCUCUCCAUCUCUUUUAUGUUAUACCUGGGUUCCUUUCCCUUCGUCAUUAUAAAAUAAUGAUUGCGAUUCUGCUACUAUAAGUAGUUUAUAUCUGACUCGGUAUAUAUUAUUGACUUUGAAUCCGACCACUGCAAAGACUGAAUUAUAUGUAUAUAUUAGCUAGAGUAAUUACAGCAAAUGAUUAUGUUUUUCAUGUUAUUAUCUAUAUACAAAGAUUAAACCGUUUAAAAAAAUCGUACAUGAAUAAAUUAAAUUUGUUGCAUGUGGUUUUGUUAACAUUUUUGAGGCAUUUUUUAAACAAAAAUUAUGUUAUAAUAUGACUACAUCUAUACUACUUUUCUUGAAAUUUUCAAAACGCAUAAUAGCUUUGUAUUAACUUUUAGAAAUCAAUCAUUUCAUAUUAAAGCCUGAUUUACAGUUUAAAGUUAAUUAGAGCCUAAAUCAAAUAUUGAGAACAAAAAUUAACAAAAACUUUUUCCAAAAAUCCAACAAUCUUUAAAAGCGAGAUGGAUCUUCCAUCUUAAAUCACCAGUAAGCGAAUAAUAAGCAAAUUGAAAAUAGUCAUUCUUUUUGUAGAUUAAUAAUCCUGAAAAAUAUAUAUUGUGUGGUUAAGACUGAAGAAGAAUCAGAAUACCUUUUGUUGUGGCCACUACGACUAGUGCAAGGGCUCUCUCGAGGUUGGGGACAAGGUAAACCUAGACUCAAAAGUUAUGUCUUCGUGCAUGAACCAACUUAUUGAAUAUCAUAUUAUUAUAAUUUAUUUUAGGAUGAAUCUAUCAUAUAAUCGGCAAUGUUCCAUGACGAACCGAUACACAUAAGCAAAAGUAUAAUUAACCAAAUAGAUGAAGCUUCUUUAGUUCAAAAUAAUAAUUGCAAGUUAUGUAAAAUGUUAUGGGUUUAUGCAUUCUAAGUUAUUACUAGUAGCAUUCAAAGGUAGUAAUAUUCUCGUUGGGAAAACAUAGUUUAAUUCAUUAACAAAAUCAUCGUAUGUAUAACUAUCAUGAUACAUCAACAAUUUAGUAUUUAAAUGUGUCAAUUAAGUACCUUGAGUUUCAUUUUAAACUACAUAAAUUACUACUAGUAAAUUACGGUUGUGCCCAAAGAUAUUUAUGUCAGAUCAUGUAUAACUUAUGCUUUCAUAUGAAUAGCAUGAUAACUUGAAAAUUUUGUUGAUUUCAAAAAGAAAAGCUUGAGAAAAUUUUGAUUUAAAGUUUAUUGAUAUUUUCAUGCAUAAUCAUAACUUUUUAGUUGAGAUGGUUAGUUAAAGAAUAAAAGUUUUUGGAAUAAAUCUGAAGUCCAAUCGCCCGGCCCAAGUUUACGCGUAACCCCCAUGAUCCACGCAGCUUACCCAAUUGGGUUUAGAAAUUAUGGAACAAACAGGGAGGGAUAAACAGAUAAAAGCACCCAAAUCAAAAGGGUCUCGAAACUAAAUCAAAUUUAAUACAUUCCCCUGUGUAUAAAAAGAAAUUGAUAGUAGUGUUAAUGAUAUUUUAAAUACUUAGGGAAAACUAGUCAAAGAACUUCAAUAUUAACAUUUUACCACAAAAAAAAAAUUGCAGUUUCUAUCAUCACUAUUAUCGGCUUUCGAGACCCUUUUAUUUUAACAGUUUAGAGUAAUUUAGACGUAUUGAAUUUUAACUCAUUAAUGAUCCGCAAAUAUAUGAAACAGCAUUGGAAAAGGAUGUUUUGACUCUCAAACACAUCAAAAAGUCAAAUUACGUUGACCCAAGAAGCUGCUCAAGCUUUCUUGAAUAAAAGUCAAAUAUUUUGUUUAACAUCAACUACAAAUAAGAGUACAACUUAAUUUCGAAAAUGAAUGAGAUUACGUUUUCUUGAAUAACGUUUACAUUGUUUGCUAGUAGCGUAAUACCAAAGAUUUCUGUAAAAUAUCUUCUUAGCAAAAGAUAUAUACUUGAUCAAUGAUCAGCUUAGAGUUUUGGAUUAACUAGUAAGUAAUUUCUACAUAUGUUUUACAUAUAAGAGCCUUCCCCUAAGGAUAUAAUACGAUUCUGAAUGCAACUAAUAUAGUUCUAAAAAUUAUGUAUAUAUAUAUAUAUAUACAUAUAUAUAUAUAUAGUUCUAAUUUAUCUUUGGAACUUCAAAAACGUUAAACCAAAAGAAAAUUGUAUACGCAUAACGUGAAUUCUUUGCUGAGCCACGUUUACAAAUGUCUGACGCACUCACGUGACCGACCAAGCAUCGUGUGCUCCUGAUCCGGCUCACUGUUGAAGUCUAAGCUCAGUAGCCCAAUUGGCGCAUUACGAUACAUUCUCAGGACCUCAUUCGUCAAAUAGUCUUUAGUCAAUGUCAAAAUGAAAUAUUUAACCUUUUGUUAGGAGUCCUUAAGUUUUUUUUUUUUUUAUAUUGAGCAAUCAAAUAUUUACUACACUAAUGGAAUCGGUAUAAAUAUAUAUAAGUUGAAUACACUCUAGUUCAACUAUAUAUAUAACUCUUCCUUGAGUUAUAUAUAUAUAAAACUCUUCCUUGAGUUAUAAAUAACAGAUAGUAUAUGACAUGCUUCCCAAACUGAACCAAACUAUUUCGUCGUUGUUCCCAUGUGAAAUCUACUGAGUUUUUUCAUAAGUUUCUGGAAUGAAUAGUUUUUAAUGUCGUUCUCAGAAAAUUUCAAAAGUAAAGUCAGUACAAUGUAAUUAAGUUACAUAUGAUAUAUUAUUCUGCUGCUCUGUUAGGGUAGUAUUUGUUUAUUUGUAAAUCAUAACCACAAAUCUGAAUCUUAUUUUGUCGAUUUGUGAUUUUCAUAUUUCCCACUAUAUUUCUGAGAACUGUGAUUUCCAUCGGGAGGUAAUCAAAAUGUCUUGAUUUCUUUUGAUUUUUUUCAAGCCUGGCAAUAUUUUUUUUGAAACGAGUUUUAUUCAAGAGAUACAAUAAUCAGUUUGAAAAUUAGUGUCCACUAUGUUAUGUCUCCAUCGUGGCCACGUUUUCCUUUUGCACUGUUUGAAAAUCUGAGAAAUAAUAAAUUUAUGGUAUCUCUUUCAAAAUAUCCAUGCCAUGCAAAAGUCGAGUAUACAUAUGCACCUAUAUGAAAAUCAAAUACAUAAAUUAUAUAUACACAGACUUACUGAAGCCACAACUGUUAUUACUGAAAUAUUUUAGUUGUGGAGGUAUGAAUUUUAUUAAUACUAUUUUCUGAAGAUGGGAAAUUAUUGAUAAGAAACAUUUAAAUAUACCAUGAAACUGUAUUUCUCACCGAACAUGUUCUGUCAGUGUCACUAUCACUGUGAGCCAAACUCGAAGAGCAUACAUACACGAUAGAGUAUGGAAACAUUGUGGCGUCCUUAAAUUUUUUUUUAUUCUGUCUGCCAGAGUCAUCUUUUAUUCUCAGAUUCCAUAAAUCUAAAAUAGGAAAUGAAAAAUUAUAACGAAAACUUUUUGAGUUUUUCUAGCGGUGGAUUUGACUUUUCUAAAUUUCUUCUAAUUCUCAUGUUUUCUUCACGGUGCUAGACAAAGAGACGAUAAGUCUUACUAACUUUGUGUCUUUUUGUAACGUGUUGAGCCACAGCUUAGAUCCACCAUAAUUUUUGGGGGUUAAAGAUUUAUGCAAUCUUCAAUAAUUUUCUCAAUUUACAGACAAAAUGUGAAUAUUGAUCAAAUUAUGUAUUUUACAAAUCAAAUUUUAAAGUCUCAAUAAUAAUUUGGAAAGAAAUAAUAUUCAAAUUAGCAACUAACAGUCAUGGUUAGCUGGAGUUUACAGACUAGAUAAGCGAAUCCAAGUUUAUCAUCAGUACAUUUGAAUAAAUAUAAAGUAUACUACAUGGAGAAACACAACUUAAUUUCACUAUAUCCAACUAAGUUAUAAUCAAAAUGCCGAUUAAGUUAAUCCACUUGGAAUAAGUAAGUAGUUUUCCCUUAUUGUUUACUCUUAUAAAAGUACAAAAAACUGCUUAAAUCAAAGAACCCUUACAGCAAACCAGUCGCAUAGAUCGAGAACAUCAAAAUAAAUAAAAAAUUAAGAAGGAUGAUAGCUUAAAUGUAGUAAACAAUAAACAAAUAUGAUAACCUAAACAAAUUAAAACAUUAAUCAUAUAAAAGAGCCUCUAAAAAUCUCACCAACUCUCUCUCUUUCCUCAGCUUCAUUUAUGUUUUUCUCCUCUACCACUCUCUGCUCCUCUCCUUUGGUCUUUCUUUGUCACACGCAUUCACGUAUAUAUACAAACACAUCAGAUUCUUGUUUAGAGAAAGAGAAAGAUUCAAUAGAAAAAUUAUUUGAUUUGUUCAUUUAUUUCUACUGAGUAUAACCCUACAAGGCUAGAUUUUACAUUUUUUUCCUUCUUUUCAUAGAUUUUUUUGAGUCAAUGGAUUUAACGGACCGUCGCAACCCUUUCAACAAUCUAGCUUUUCCACCGCCACCGCCGCCAUCCACCACCUUCACAAGCCCUCUAUUCCCAAGAUCAAGCUCUUCCGCCACGAGUUUUCCCAUUCUCGCCGUGGCAGUGAUCGGAAUCUUAGCUACUGCCUUCUUGCUUGUAAGUUACUACAUCUUCGUGAUCAAAUGCUGUCUUAACUGGCACCAAAUCGACAUCUUCCGCCGCCGAAGAAGAAGCCAAAACCCUCUAAUGAUAUACUCUUCUCAUGAGCUAAACCGAGGUCUUGACGAGUCAGCCAUCAGAGCUAUCCCAAUCUUCAAGUUCAAGAAGAGAGACGUUGUUGGAGUUGAAGAUCAGGACAAGAGCUCCCAAGAAUGUUCUGUUUGCUUAAACGAGUUUCAAGAAGACGAGAAGCUGAGGAUUAUUCCUAAUUGUUGCCACGUGUUUCACAUUGAUUGCAUUGAUAUUUGGCUUCAGGGCAACGCUAAUUGUCCCUUGUGCAGAACCAGCGUUUCUUGGGACGCAAGUUUCUCUCUUGACCUAAUUUCUGCACCGAGUUCUCCUCCUAGGAAUGGGAAUCAUGGAAACGACGCGGUUCAAGGAGGUGACAAUGAGUUCUUCGUGAUUGAGCUUGGGAGCAGUAAUGGUAAUAAUAGACAAAGCGUGAGAAGCAGAGAGUUACUUGCAGAACAAGAAAGGGCUACCUCGGAGGAAGUGUUGAUAAGUCCUUCACCAAAAAAGUUUGAUCUUCAUGCAAUGCAUAAUAAAAAGGGAAUGUUUCAUAAAGUGACGAGUAUGGGAGAUGAAUGCAUCAAUACUCGUGGAAAAGAUAGUCAAUUCAGUGAGAUCCAGCCCAUAAGAAGAUCGAUCUCGAUGGAUUCUUCACUGGAUCGCCAGAUGUACUUGGCUGUUCAAGAGGUGAUUGGCCGGAACACCGGGAAGGCUGUAAUGGUGGCCGGAGACGGUGGAGGUUCUGCGGAAGGUUGUAGCAGUAGUGGUGGUGAUAAUAACAGAGUGAUGAAGAGAUGUUUCUUCUCUUUUGGAAGUAGUAGAUGUUCUAGAAGUUCCUCAAUAUUGCCUGUUUAGUUUGAACCCAAAUUGUCUUUCGUCUUCUUUAUUUAUUUUUUGAAAAUUUUAUAUUGUUUUGUGAAUUUUUAAAUAAAUAAUUAGAGAUGAAUCUCUUAAAAUUAUUUUGGAGGGUGAGGUUGGAGAGAAAUGUAUGCUCACUGUUUAUAAGUCAAAGGAGAUAAUGAGUAGUUGAAUAGUUCCAUUGAAAUAGUAGUGAAUAGUAAUACUUUUUAAAAAGAUGUGAAUAGUAUUCUCUUUGCAUCAAAUGUGCUAAGGAAUCAAAAAAGUCACACCAACUGUGUAGGUGAUUUUCUUAUUUUUUAAAUUCAGAAAAUAGAACAAAGGUUAAAACAGACUGAAAUUUGGCUAAGAGUCGAAUUCUUUGCUAGCCAUUAAUUUAACACUGUAUAUCCAAGAAUUCUCCCAAAGCUUGUAAAUUUCCAAAACCUCUUUUAUUUGAGUUCAUGUCCUCUUAGAAAGACCUCCAACAGUAUCAAUACAAUGAUGAAGAAAAUGGACAGGGCAAAAAAUAAACUUGCUAGGUUUAAG